GGCACAACCUAACAAAUGCACCUCCAGCAGAUUACUUGACCUGCUUGCUUCCAGGUGAAUUACCUCGUAAAUUUAACACACCAAGUAAAAUGUCCAAGGCACAACCGAAGAAGAAGGAGUCCUCCUCCAGUAAAGCCUCUUUAUCCGACCGACAGAAUGAAGCAGCAUCACUAGCAGCCACUUCUUCUGAGAGCCUAGGAGGAGCAUGGAGAUGCAGAUUCCCCAUCUGGCCUGAGUGGAGCGAUGCAGAAGUCAACAAGGAGAAAUGGGACUCAAGUAAAGGAGCUGAGGACGGAAAGGCCAACAAGAGUCACAAUGCUCCUUUUUUUGAAGUUCCUGAGGGGAAAAUUUCCCUCCCUCCGUCUUUGAAAGUGCACUCCUGGAAGCGUCCUACAGAGUUUAUUGACAACAAG